CACAAAUCAGAGAGUCGGAAUCGGAAAAUAAAUUCACGAUAAAAAGUAGCUUGGAGAAGAGAGCUUGAAGUCAUGGCGAAUCCGGCUUCGAUCAAACCUGUGGAUUUGCCAAAAAUUGAGUUAGAAGAUGAUGGUCUGAUUGAUGAGGAUAGUUUGUUGACAGAGGAGGAUAGGAAGAGACCGGAUCUACCUGUUGCAGUUACAAUCCCAAGUAAACCACCUUGCAAGAAAGUAGAGAUGUGUGGACUCGGGGAUGCUUUUCGAUGCUCUGCAUGUCCUGUUAAGGGUAUUCCUCCUUUCAUACUAGACGAGAAGGCAGGCUGUGCUGUUGAUUUCACCGAUUUCGAGAGGCAUUGUGACUUUGACAGAUGUAAACAAGAGGAUGCUUUUCGUUGCUCUGCGUGUCCUUUCAAGGGUCUCCCAGUUUGGAAACAGGCAAUAAGGUAUUUGUUGGAUCAAACUCAAUCCUUCCCUCCCCCUGUCCCUCUCUUUGCCUCCGGUUUCAUGUUUAAUGUUUCCCUUUUCCGGGUACAUUUGUCGGCCAAGUUCAGCGAACCAGACAGCUAG